AUGGAGCCGCCAAUGGGGCCGCAACCAGCACCGAAGACAUUUGUGCUUUGCUUUGAUGGCACCGGUAAUAAGUUCUCAGGAGACGAAUCCGAUAGCAAUGUUUUGAAAAUCUUUCGUAUGCUCGACCGUAGUCGCGGCCAUCAAUUUCACUACUACCAGCCCGGGAUUGGGACAUACGUGACAUCGACUUCCCUUUCUAGUUCCGGUACGGUCCAUCGCAUUCGAUCGGCUUACUUGAAAGCCAAAGAUUCCGCCAUAGGCUCCUCCUUCGACCAACAUGUCAUGGGCGGAUACAAGUUCCUGAUGCGAUACUACAUUCCCGGUGAUGAUAUCUACUUCUUCGGUUUUAGCCGCGGCUCAUACAUCGCGCGCUUCUUGGCUGAGAUGCUAGAUUAUGUUGGUCUUUUAGAGGCGGGGAAUGAAGAAUUAAUUCGCUUCGCUUGGAAGACAUUUGCAAAAUGGCAGCAGAGAAGUGGCCAAUCGGAAGAGGAUCAAGAGGAGAAGAGGAAACUCUUCAACUACAUGAAGGCUUUUCGCGAGACGUUUAGCCGCCCGAUCAGUCGGAUUCGCUUCAUGGGGCUUUUCGACACGGUCAACAGUGUUCCACGCUUCGAGUCCGCUUGGAUGCAACGAAGCAAAUUCCCAUAUACAGCGCGAAGCUCUGCUCGUGUUAUUCGACAUGCAGUUGGCAUUGAUGAGCGCCGGGCCAAAUUCCGCCAGGAUCUAAUUUCAGAGGCGAAACCGUGGCAUCGGAGUCCCAAGCAUCGCGACCACUACCUGAGGAACCACAUGCAUCAUCUUUACCAUGAUAACCGUGGGAAGCAAGAUGAUGUGCCUAAGAUUACUCUAAACAAUAAUGACAACGGCGUUAGUCUCGAACAAUCGGAAAUGGAAGAAAAAGAAGAGAAACCAGCCCCGCGACGGGGCCGCGAAGAGACCGACUCUGUCUAUCGAACACCCCGCGGUUCCAGUGCCGGCAGUUCAAGAAAUGUGGAUCGUUACCGUCCACCUUCUCCAGCUAGGAAUUGGAAAACAGCCAACUCCAACCUUGGCGUGCCGGAAAUUAACGCACCCGCGGAUGAUAAUGGGUCAACAAACAGCGAAGUUACAUCCUUACAGAUUCCCCACGAACUGGGUGAAAACGACGAGAACGAGCAAGAUAUCCGGGAGAUCUGGUUCCCAGGAGGGCAUGCCGACAUUGGGGGUGGUUGGAAACUCGAGAAGGGAGAGUCUUGGGCUCUCAGCCAUGCGCCAUUGGUCUGGAUGGUGCAAGAGGCACAGAAAGCAGGACUCAGUUUUGACGUCAAAAAGAUGAAGCAAUUUGAAUGCUGCGAAGAAUAUGUGGCUGACUACUCUCCCAUCCAUGAGUAUGAACAUGAACCGGAUUGGUGUGUAGACGCCAGUCAUGGCGUCAGCGAGAAUGGCAAAAGGCGAAUCGCAAGCACGCCCUCGGGGAGAGAUAAUGAACGAAAUGUGAGUCGGGCACUUCAUCGCUUCCUGGAUGCUCUCGAAGACUCCAGUAUGAAGGGCGUGCUGCAUGAUUGUCUUGAAUAUGGCGCGGGCCUCCCAUGGUCGUCCGUGCUAUCCUGGCGAAUCAUGGAGUAUCUCCCAUUUCGACGAAUGGAUCUACAGCCCGACGGAUCGUGGAAACCCAUCCGCUGGCCCCUCCCUUGUGGGGAGGUUCGAGAUAUCCCUGAGGGUGCGGAAAUUCACGUGUCAGCCAUUCGUCGUCUGAAACACGACCCAAAGUACCGCCCUGGAAAUCUGAUUAUUGGAGGCGGUGGACGUGGAGUGAGAGUCGCUCCAGCAGAGUAUGGCAUUGGCGAAUGGAUUGUUUACAGGGACGAAGGCGACCCUGUUCGGGAGACGUAUAUACGGAAAACAGCAUCCAGACAGGCGCAAGAAAACGGGAGUGGGUAG